AUGCGCAAUGUGUUAGCGCGAAAGAAGAUAUCACCGGCGCUACAGUUGUGUAUUCAAGCAGUACAAAUCAUUUUGAGUAUCAAAGAGCUGGAAUUAACGGAUGAGACGUUCCAAAACUUCUUGGAUCGUCCAGAUGAGAUUUUAGCGCUCGUUCGUACCCUUGUACCAAACGAUUUAUCUGAAGAUAAACAUGAACAAUUAUGCGGCUUGAUGGAUAAUCAUGACUAUGAUUCGAUUAUAGCAGCGCGCGAGAGUGAAUCUAGUCUCUUCUUAGAUUUCCACUCGAAACUUGUGGAGCUGCGCAACGAGAUGGUGCAAGCGCAUCAGAACAACAAUCGCCUCUUACCGACUACAAGAUUCAUUGUUGGAGUUGAUGGCAGUCGCCAAUCCUACGUUGCCUUUGAGAUCGCAGUGCAAUUGCGGCGGCAAGGGUCAGUGGUAGCUGUGUAUGUGGAUGAAGAAAACGCAGCAAGUCGCCAACUGCCACAAAUUCCCAAGGAAUUUCUCACUGAAGAGGUGAAUACUCAUUGUAAGCGACUCAGGCUUCCUAUCAAUAGUUUCAAAUUAUUGUGUGAAAAGUGUGAAGCCACGACCUUAGUUGCGCAGCACCUUUUAACGAUCGCGGAUCGAGAACACGUUGACUUUCUUGUGGUAGGAGCCCACGGAAUAGGCGGUCCAGCUAUAGAUCAAGUCCAUCACGUUCCGUGGGACAUUUUGUAUUGUGCUGCUAAUACUCCUACUAUUGUCGUUUCUCCGGCUUCUAUCACUUCUGUGAUCAGUAAGCGGUACACUUUCGUAUUGGCCGUGGACAAAUCAACGAUUGCAGCUCGUUGUCUUAACGCCACGCUGAAAUUAAUGCGACCAGUCGAUAUUUUACGAAUCGUUCACUUUUAUGAAAAGCCGAUUGUUGGAGAGUAUGACGCUCAGCCGUUUGAAUGGUACAAAGGCAGCAUCGCAGGAGCUGGGAUAGAAGGCGUAUUGGAUCUUCAACCUUUUGAGCGCACUACUACUGUUGCAGAGAGUUUGCAGGACUAUCUAUCAACUCAUUCUGCCGCGUAUCUAAUUCUUGGUAUCAAUGGAGAAGGUGCUGAAACAUUUUCCAAUUCAGUGUCUGCAGACAACGAGGCCGUUACUGGCAAGAAAAAUGAAGGCAAUCGCAUUGGCCGGCUGGCUUCCGCGAUGCUAUUUUCACCUCGCUGCACAUUGUGUUUCUGUUCGUAA